UCUCUCUGGGACGAUGCCCGUGGGUCGCGUCAUGGCUGGGAACGCGUCGUACGUGGGUCCCAAGGAGGAGGACCCGCGCCACGAAGAUUACUCGGACGACGAAGAGCACCAGCCAAAGUCGGCGGCCCGCGAGUCCAAGUCGCGCAUUGGCAUUCGGUGUCUCGGCACAGCAGGCCCACGCGUGAGCGUCCGCGACCAGAUCGGCGAGCUCUUUGGCCGCUGCAACAAGCACGACGACGUGCUCCGAGACAUGGACGCGACGCAGCGCGCCGACAAGACGCAGAUCCUCGCCAUGAUCGAGCGUCUCGCCGAGCGCAUGGACGCCGAGGUUGCGCUUGUCCGCGCGGAGCACGAGAAGGCGCUCAAGGCAGCGCACGACGAGAUCGACCGCCUCAGCAAGUGCCUAAGCGUCCAGCGCGGCCAGGUCAUGACGCUCGAAGAGCAGUGCCAGUCUCUGCAUCGCAACGUCGUCCAAGUCGAAGAAGACGUCCAAGUCCUCGCCACCGAGGUCUUGGGAGAGUAACCAUAGUGUAUAUUGUUCGUACGUUGAUCCAUAUCAAUUGC